AUGUCAAACUAUUAUAGUGAUAGCCCUCAGGGCAAGUCAUCUAGUUCCAGCUCUAUACCCCCGAAGGACUCCGCCAAAGAAGAAGACGUGAUUGACAAGUUUUUGAACCUCACAUCAUAUACUCCGGCUCAAGAGGAAGGUCCGGAAUAUUCUGUGAACGCAUCAUCUUUGACGUCAGUGAGCCACCAACCAUCUUCUAGCUUGUUUGAUAACUUGCAACCUUCAUCCGAAGAGAAAAGAAAUCCUUUUUUUGAUGAUGUUUCCGCAAUAACCAUGACAGGUGCUCAUUUCAGUUCAAAUAAUGCCACAAACAACUCAUUCAAUGUUUUGGGCUCUACGCAGGAAUUUUUAAACAUGCCAUCGGUGGAUACACCUCCAGAACAGUCUUAUAUCCAUUUUGAUGACCCGUUGCCAACUUCUAACACAUCAAAGGUCGAUAACUCUGCUCCUUUGAUACAGAUUGAUAAAGCAUUUUCCGAAUAUUUGAGUCAGCAAUCAGAAACGGCGAACUUUCCUAAUUUCAGCGCGCGGGACUUGGAUACCGGAUACCCAGAAGGCAAUAGCCUAACACAAGGACUUUCUCAUUUUAGUGCUGACCCUAAUCUUCUUUUGCAACCACACUUUGGGAGACGAUAUAGGAAACCAGAGUCAUCCACGGGUUCUGAGCUGUCAGCUUCAGAUUCGCCCUAUCUAUCAGCAGUUGAAUCAAUUGCCGGGGACGACCAUGUUGAGCCACAAGACGACUUUGAAAGCCAGUUGGUUUCUGAUAACAUUCGUCAGCUGUCAUUGUCGGCAAUCAAAGUACCAAAUGUUAAUCUUACAGAGCAAAAUCUCAAAGAGCAGGAACGUAUGUCGGCGGCUCCGCCCAUAGUGAUUGAAAACCCUGAGAAAGUGGCUGAUAGCACUCCAUCAUUGUUUUCUGCGUCGUCGAAGGCAUCCUCUCCCAAUAGAUCAAGGUCGGCUAGUGCAGGCAAUACACCUGCCAUCAAAGUUGAAGACUCUUCCUCCACUCCUGCAAUUUCAAUCAAUGUGGAGGAUGCUUCCCAUUCACAAGCUAUUGAUAGCUCAAGCUAUAGCACCCCAGACAACGACAGACUGUACAAUACUAACUACUUACAAGUGGACGAUGCUUAUCUUACGCCAGAUGAUAGAACGCAUAACUCAAUGAGAAUUGGACGGCAACGACGUCAUUCGGAAUCCAGUUCGCGCUCCAGAUCUGCUUCGAGGUCCAGAUAUUCGGAGGAUUCAGAUUAUGACAGUGAUGCUUCACUUUCCCGCGAGAAACUCUCUGAGCUUGCCGCCCCACCUUCGCCUAAUAGAAAGUCGCAGAAGAAUCCAGCUUCAUUUGCUUGCCCUGUGUGUGAUAAAAAGUUCACGCGACCGUAUAAUCUCAAGUCCCAUCUUCGCACUCACACGAAUGAGCGACCCUUCCUUUGUACUGUAUGUGGCAAGGCAUUUGCGCGACAACACGAUCGAAAACGACACGAAGAAUUGCAUUCUGGAGAAAAGAAGUAUCAAUGUCGUGGUACUUUGGCAGAUGGAUUUACCAUAUGGGGAUGUGGUAAACGCUUUGCGCGGACUGAUGCUUUGAGACGCCAUUUUCAAACGGAAAGCGGUAAAGGUUGCAUACGGCCUUUGAUGCAAGAAAUUGAAAAUGAGAGAAAGGAGGAGAGACCGCUCACCAGUAGCGUUAAGAAGGUCACCGACUCGAAAAUCCCUAUGGAAAUUCUGGACGUUUCUGACUACAACAGCUUGCUGGAUCAGAUUUUGACAGUGCAAAGUAAGGCCAGUACGAGUUAA